GCAUUAUUGGAAAUGUUCCGAAAUGAGUAUAUCGGGAAUAUAUCUUGUACUCCUUCCUUGUGUCACCAUAGAAUCUGUCCUGGAGAUCAAUUCCUGGGAUGGCUUAUAUCAAUACUUGACCAAUGAGGAAGUUGUUUCCCAUGUUGUAACUUUUCUGGAGAGAUUUCCUGAUGGAGAUCCUGCGCAACACCUCAUUGAGGAGCUUUUAUUCCGUGCAGCCAAGAAAGCUGGACUGGAAUUACAUGAGUUGCUUGACAUCCCAACAGGAGACAGAAGGAAGUACCAUGAUGAUGUCACUGUUAUGGUAAUCUCACUUGAAGGAUGAAUUUGGAAAUCAUCAGGAAAAUACAUUUGAUUCAUUCAUUCAACCACAAAAAAAUCUCUGCAGCUUGUCAAAUUUAAGUGUCAUGCCCUCUGCAGUCUGGACAAAUUCUAAUGAUCUAAUAUCUAGGUUCAUGUUUCAACAUCGAUGAUUUUAAGAUUCCUACACGUCGAGCAAGAGAUCUUUUAAGGAAAGGAAGCCUGCUGAUUGUAUAAAUUUUGUAGAAGACACCUGACGCUACAUUCCUCUUUUCAUAGAUAGGCAUAAAAUUUUUAUUGUUAUUUAUUCAUUUUGUAGUUUGUUCUUUUCAUCUCACUUUAGAGCUUAGACAAGUGUUUGUAAUCGGAUUGGGGAUGUGGCUUACUUACAGUAUACUCUAUUUUGGAGGUGAGUUUCCAUCCAACUUUACAGGAGAAUACUAUUCAAACCUCCAUGUGUAAAUAUUCUUGUUACAAUUGGAUGGGAGAGAAAAGAAACUGGCAUUUCAUCAGUCCUAUUAAAUUCCCAAGUUUUUCUUUCUUUCUUUUUUCCUGUAAAAAUAUUACUCCAACCAUUCUAUUCUAAGGUUUUCACUUUCCCUUUUUGAACUUUCCCUAUAAAGAAUCUCAUUCCCUAUAAGUCGAAUCGGAAUCUGGGUAAACAGAAUAAAAUGUACCCCAU